AUGAAGCGCAAGCGAGAUGAGACGCUCACGCCCACACAGCUCCGGAAUGCCAGGAAGCGCGCCGCCAAGAAGCGCACGAAGCAGCAGUCCCGCUUGAUCGACCCUUCGCUGGUGUACAUCGAGGCGCCGCUGGCGGCGCCGGUGGUGAAGAGCGCCGAAGGCUUCUUCGGGGCCCUGGGCCAUCCUCUGCCGCUGCGCCUGGGGCCGCUGAAAGGCUGGCGCUCCUCUGCCAAGCUGGCGGUGCGCGCCUGUUCAGGCGGGGGCGUGGAGAUCGGGCUCUUUCUGGCCAAGUCCCACGACGUGGUGCCAGUGGCCGGGUGCGCGGCGCACCAUCCGUCCAUCAACUCCGCGCUGGAGGCGAUUUCGGCCGCCUGCAAGUCCGCGAAGCUCCGUGGCUACGACGAGAGUACAGGAGAAGGCGACCUGAGGUACCUGAAGCUGGAGGUGCAGCGGUCCAGCGGCCUGGUGCAGCUCACGUUGGUCUGGCGCGCGGCGAGCCAGCAGGCGGCGGGGCGGCCCCUGGCCCGGCUGCUGGCGCAGCUGCGGCGCCGGGACCUGUGGUAUGCUAUAUGGGCAAACUUCAACACUGCAGACAAGCACACCUCUCGCAUCCUGUCCUACGACGAAGAGUCGUGGGUGCAGCUUGCGGGGAACAAGAACUUCCUUCGGGAGCAGCUGCUGUCGCUGCCGCUGCAGCCCAAGCUGUGCUUCCCGCCCUUCGUCUUCCGUCAAGCCAACCUCUGCGCCUUCGAAGAGAUCGUGGCGGCGGUGCGGCGCUUCGUGCCCAAAGACAGCGCCGUGGUGGAGCUCUACGGUGGCGUUGGUACGAUUGGCCUGCAUCUGGCAGACCUUGUCAGUGCGCUGGUGUGCAGCGAUGAGAAUCCUCACAACCGCCUCUGCUUCCGGCGCAGCGCGAAAGGGCUGCCCGAGGAUAUGCCGUGGGGCAAGCUAGUGAAGGCGGACAUCGAUGAAGCCAGGGAAGACAAGGAGGACUGGCAAGAUGCUCAGGCGAGAGUCAUUGCUUUGCAGGAGGAGGCGCAGGCGCACUCCAGGAAGGCGCUGAGCCAGCGGGUGGCGGGCGUGCUGCUGGAGAGGAAGCGAGAGCUGCAGCGGGGGGAGAUGAAGGAGUCUCGUCUUGCAGCUGAGUGCAAUUCGCUGAGCGCAACAAUAAUGCAGAUGAGGCUCCAGGAGUGGCAGCUUAUUGAAGAGGUAAGGGUAGCAGAGGAGGAGCUGAGCGCAUUGAGGCGAGCAGUGAGGCAGCAGCGCGCAGAGAAGGAAGAGAUGGAGGUGGAUUUGAGCGCGCUGCGCCGGCAGUGCGAGGAGAUGACGGAGGUAGAGGAGCUCAAGUUGAAGCUGCAAAGGUGGAAGGAGCUGGUGAACCUCCGUGAGCAGCGCGCCGAGCAGCUGAGGGAGCAGGCCGAAGAUUUGGAGCUGGACGCGGAGAGGUGCGGCUGGCGCGCUGAGUUUCUGAGGGCCAAAGCGCGCGGCUGCGCCUGGGGCGCAAGCACGGAAGGCCGAAGAGCGGAACUGGCGGUCGCUGCGGGGCAUCAGCGCCGGGCGGCGAACGCCAGGGACCUGGCCACGUUCCUGCCACUCCUGGCUGCGCUGGUGACCAUGAUGACGCACCUCUAUCGACUGCAGCGGCUGAGCUACGUCCCCGGCGAUGCAGCAUCUCAGGUUGACAGCCUAUCCUGCGCAGACGUGGUGAUUGUAGAUCCGCCGCGGAAGGGCUUGGAUGAUGCCGUCAUCGACGCCCUUCAGCGGCACGGCCGGCUGGGGCGGGUGAUCUACGUGAGCUGCGGAUUCCCGGCCUUCCGCCGGGACGCGGAGAGGCUUCUGGAGGCCAAGUGGGCCGCGGGGCAGCCCAGUGGGAUGGUGGUGGGGGGCGCCGACAAGGGCGGCAUCCUGGUGCGGGCCGGGCAGGGCACCGGCAGCGAGCAGCUGGCGGAGAGGCUCAGCACGGGCGCCAUAGUGGAGGAGCUGGACUUGGCAGGGGACCGGUUGCACUAUCAGCUGGUCACCGGCACCGGGCCGGCCAGCGGCUGGGUGAGCGUCACGCUCAAGGACAAGGCACUGCUGGUGAGGAAGACGGAGCCACAGGCCCAGGUGGAGCCUGCAGUGGAGCUGAAGGAGGGUGACUACUAUGUGACUUUAGGCGUGGUCUUCAAGAAGGCCGGGACCGACCCGGAGACGCAGAAGAUUGUGAAGCUGAACCGCAAGGUGGGCGCCGUGGUGCACACCACCGGCAAGGUUUGGAAAGGACCCACCGGCGGGUUCUGGGUGGAGCUGGACGUGUCCUCCGGGGACUCCGGCGCCGGUGAGAAGCCCGGCUAUGUCAUGAUUGAUGCCAGCGGAUUCGGCACUCCAGGACCUUGCCUGCAGAAGGCCUCCAAGGAGGACGGGGAGAAGGUGCUGCUCACGGCGAAGAAGCCGGCGGCGGCCAAAGCCUGGGACGGCUCCGGUGGGGACAAGGAGUUCCUGGUCUUUGAGCAGACCAAGGUGGCAGACAUGAAGAUCAUCCUGGGCAUGCUCUUCGGGCUGAAGCCGCCCAUCAAGUUGGCGAAGGACGUUCCGGACUCCGCCACAGUGAAAGAGGCCGGGCUUGCCUCCGGCGACGCCGUGGUCUUCGAGGGCGUCGGGGUGCAGGCGAUGCGCCUGGUGGUGAUGAGCCCCUUAGAGCAGGGGGUGAAGCUCACGGAUCUGGAGAUCCAGCAGGAUUGGACCGUAGGACAGGUGAGGAAGCUGCUUUGCAGCAUCACGGGAUUGAAGGAGGGCAGCAUGCUGAUGGCCAAAGGCAAGAUGGGCGAGCGCGUGGGUGAGGAUGCGCAGCUGAACCUGUCGCACCUCGUCGUGGACUGCGGCUACAAAGACGGGGAUGAAAUUGGCUUCAUCUACAUGGGCGAUCCCGAAGCUGAUUUGCAAGGUUUUCUGUCAAAGAAAUAG